GUUGGAUCGAAUACUAUAGACGUCUAAAUGAAAAAAAGUAAAACUAUAAUAUUAGUAAUUUUAAAAGAUGAAAAGGUAAUAUUGUUUCUUGUAAGUAAUUUAUAAUUUUCUAAAGAAAUAAUUAAAAAUUGAUUAGAAAUAGUUAAGGUCGAUGGUGGAAUUACGCACAUGCAGAUUAAACUCUUGACGAUAAGACAAUGUUUGAGGAACGACACAAUUUAAUAGGAAAUGCUGGAAGAAGCAGCAUUAUUUUCCCAAAGGCGGAACAACAAUUCUACUCCUGCUUAAGGUUCAUGAAUAUUGAAGGGGCGGCAGAAAGGAUGGACACUGAUGAUAAGGAAACGAUAAUGCUCGUGAAUACGCAAGGAGCUCAACAUACCAACGGCCUAACAAGGAAAAGAGGAAGGCCAGAAUAUGUAUCCAAGAAAAUACAAGUUGAAUCGGCUUUAUGAGUAAAUAAUAUAUAAUUAUUAUUAG